CCUGAAACUGAAAAACCAGAAAAGCCUUACACAUACAUGGAGCGUUCAUACCUUGCUACUGGUUCAUCUCCGUGAUCAAUCGAGGAUUACGCCCAAUCACGGGGAUGUCACGUCACCUUAUUUUCUAACUAAUUUGCCAGAACAAUUCCCUCUGGAAACAUCGACGUUUCUUUUUGUUUGUUUUUUUGUUUUUGGAUGACUUAGUCGUAAUCUUGGAAAUACCCACAGAUAAUAUUCACAUUAAAACACUUGUUUGCGAAGGAUUUUGUUCUGCUGACCAGAAAAUUCCUAGUGUUGAAUUCUGAAUUAUCAACGGAGAUUGCUACCCAGAAAUAAGAUUUGUUCUGGUUUGAUUGUGGUGGCGUUAUUUAAGAAAAUCGAAAUGGAAUCUGUGUGAUAGGGGAGAGACGGAGGGAUGUCUGGUGCUGGUGUGGAUUUUUGGAUGUAUCAGUGGCGGGGUAGUUGGUGUCCAUGGCGCUAAGAGCAUGGCCAGCUUCCACUGGGUACCCGGUCUCAUCACUUUGUUCUUCUCCAUUUGGAUAGCUCGAGUCGGAGCUACUUGGUGGUUUAUCAGUCAGCUUCCACUGCACGCGUUUGGUGCGCAUGUGCUGUGUGACAACAUCCCGGGACUUGUGGGUAAACAGAGACGGCUGUGUCGCGUGCACCCUGACGUCAUGGUCAGUCUCGGUAAAGGGGCCCGACUUGGGGUGGAGGAGUGUCAGUACCAGUUCCGGGCUCAGCGCUGGAACUGCAGCACCCUCGAGAGAGAUGCGUCCGUGUUCGGGAAAGUGAUGCUUAAAGGAAGUCGCGAGGCUGCCUUCGUAUACGCGGUGUCGUCUGCUGGCGUGGUGCACUCAAUAACGAGAGCGUGCAGCAAAGGGGAGCUGCAGCACUGCGCGUGCGACCCCACCAAGAGAGGAUCCAGUAAUGACCACAGAGGGGAGUUCGACUGGGGAGGGUGCUCCGACAAUGUCCGAUACGGCAGUCAUUUUUCCAGGAUGUUCGUUGAUGCCAAGGAAAGGAAAGUGAGGGAUGCAAAAGCUUUGAUGAAUCUGCACAAUAACAGAGCAGGCAGAAGAGGUGUGAAAAAGUUUCGGAAACUGGAAUGUAAGUGUCAUGGCGUUAGCGGCUCGUGCACAAUACGGACAUGUUGGCUUGCUAUGCAGGAGUUCCGGCGUGUGGGGGACUAUCUCAAGAUGAAAUAUAACGGUGCUACCCAGGUGAUGAUGAACCAGGAAGGGACUGGCUUAAUUGUGGCCAAUAGGAAUCACAAAAGAUUCACGCGAUCAGAUUUAGUGUAUUUUGAAACGUCCCCUGAUUACUGUGUGCAUGAUACAAAAAUAGGCUCGCUGGGGACCGCAGGGCGGACCUGUAACAAAACGUCCAUGUCGACGGAUGGUUGUGAUAUUAUGUGCUGUGGGCGUGGCUACGACACUAAGACUGUUAAGAGGGUGGAGAAAUGCGAAUGCAAAUUUCACUGGUGUUGUUUUGUUCGUUGCAAGGAAUGCGAAAGAUGGGUGGAUGUGCACACGUGCAAAGGGCCGAACCCAACGCCGUUUCCGUCACAGUGGCGGAAAGGUUAGAGAUUCUAGUGCAAAACGAUUUGGUCACAAGAAGAUAUUUUCAUAAUGAAUAUGGAAGAAAAUGUCUACAGGAGCUGGAUCCACCAGGAGACAAGAAGGUCAUCCCACUUCACUCCAACUAGCAGGGUAGUGUCUUAGAAUAUGUCUUUGAGCAUUAACAAAAAUAAUAAUAAAAAAUACAGGUAACAUAUUUUGCCGAAAAAUCUCAUCCUUCUCAUCCAUGUGUGGGUUCUCAGCUGUAUUGCCAUUUAAGAAUUUGUCCUUCAAACCAUGACUGUUCAUAUGUGUUAUUAUUCUUGUGGAAUAGCAGACGGCUGAAUCACCUAGAUAUACAUGUAAUGACAAUAUGUAUUGAAAGAAAGCUGUAAGGACUAUUGCAAGUUUUGUUAUGAAUUAGCUGAGCGUGUUUAAUUUCAAGUAUUUUACUCCAAAGAAAAACAUGUGGAAGCUAUUUUCGGUUUUGCGGAUGGUCACAGGUGAAACAUCAGAAUCCAUCCACUCUGCGCAUGAAUCAGUGGAAAUGAUGGUAUAAAAUUAUGGAACAUGGCUAUGGAAUACAUGUUACAUAUGUUCUUCGUUGCUUUUAGCUAUUUCCAGGCAUUAGAUAACCGUGUUGUCAACUUCAGGGGUAAAAAUAAGUCAUUUAGAAAGGUGUUUUUCUUUUCAUUUGUUUUGUACUAUGAGGCUAAAACUUGUUUAAAUAGAACAAUAGUUUCUGACACAAAAUGAACCUGAAUAUUAUUCAGUAUAGUUAUCUACGUAAUUAAAUACUCAAAGUAACGAAUCAUACGAAUUUCAGUUGUACGGUAAUCGACUGAUAGAAACGUGUUUUCAAAGAUUCAGACUAAAUAACCAUGGGUCGUGAUCGGAGAAGAUAUUCGAACGGUAUAUGUUCAGAAGUAAAACAAAAAUGAAGAGAAAACAUUAAUGCUUAAUUCGAAUACCGUGUUUGUCGAAUGUAGAAAAAGGAAAUUGUUUUGUUAAAUUUCGAUAUAACUUGAUGAAAAUGAACUGCUAAAAACACUGGUAUUCUGUAGGAUGUAUUUAGUAUUAUCUCCUAAAUUAUGUUUACGGGUGUGCAGCUUAUAUUGCAGCUUAUAUCAGAAGUAAAGUUACAGAGCUCGUGAGUCAACAUAUGGAUCUGCAUUACAAGCGUCUAACAUAGGUCUAUCAAAUCUCCUCCACCCAAGGACAUCGACAUUGGCUGCAAGUAUCUAAAUAAUGAUCUACUGUGCUGACGACACUUGUUGCAAAUGUCUUCCAUACUAAAUAAUGAUCUACUGUGCUGGCGACACUUGCUGCAAAUGUCUUCCAUACUAAAUAAUGAUCUACUGUGCUGGCGACACUUGCUGCAAAUGUCUUCCAUACUAAAUAAUGAUCUACUGUGCUGGCGACACUUUCUGCAAAUGUUUUCCAUACUAAAUAAUGAUCUAGUGUACCUUUUGGACACUGCUAUUGGAUGCCAGUGUCUGCUAUAUCCAAUAACGUUUUACUAUUUCCUAACAUCAGACAAUGACUGCAAGUAACCACCAGUCUAAAUAACGCUAAACUAUAAAUGUAGGAAACUUCUUAUUCUCGUUCACAAGCUACACCAGUAGUCCAGUCUGUAGGAUGAAAUAACUUAUCGGUUCCAGUUCUUCUGUCGCAACAGAGCUUGGUGUGUAGGGGUCUCGAUGGGCCACUCGGAAUGUUUCAGGCCUUGAUAGAUUGGACACCUCUGGAUGAUGUGGGACAGUAACAUUGUUUCUACCAUACUAAAUAAUAAUGUACUCUCUCCCGAGGACACCGGCAUUGGCUUAAGAGUGUACUAUAUUUGUUAUGACGACAGGGUAUGGCGAAUUAGAUCGCAUUUUUUUAUAUACGCAAGAAGACAGCAUGUCGCUGUUGCGAAUUUAGUCACUGGACCACUGUUUUAAUUAUGUUCACCAUAGAGUAAUUCUGUCUGUUUAAUAUUUAUUGUUAUCGAUAUUAAUAUAUGUAUUGUAUAUAAUGUAGACAUUGUAUUAAAAUUAAUUAAUAUAUGCUUGCUGUACUAUGCUUGUUUUAAUACAAAGUGUAGUGGAA